AUGGCGGCGCUGGCGUUGCGGACGGCGCUGUGCGUGGCGGGCGCGGCGCUGUCGCUGUACGCGCUGCACGUCGAGCACGAAGCCGCUCGGGACCCGUCGUACCGAGCCGCCUGCGACCUUGCGCCAUCCGUGUCGUGCACUCGGGUGUUUUCCUCCCGGUGGGGGCGUGGCCUGGGCCUGGUGGAGCCGGUGCUGGGCAGGGACAGCGCCGUGAACGUCCCCAAUGGCGCCAUCGGGCUCCUGUUCUACCUGCUGCAAGGGCUGCUGGGUGUGUCCCAUACCUGGCUGGCCUCGGUGACACUUUUGGGACACACCUUGAUGACGUCAUUCCCCCAGGAGAUGCUGCGGCGAGUUUUGGGGGGGGGUCUGCGGGGUGGGGGAGGGGCCGCGGGACCCCCCCGUGCCCCCUCCCGUGCGGCCACCGAUCAAACCCCGGCCGACCUGGCCCGGGAACGCUGCAAGGCCGUCACCUCCUUCUACCACCAGCCUGCCAUCGAUGCUGCUGCUGAGAGG